AUGCCAGCUCUGCCUGUUCAAUUGAAUGAGAAAAAUGGGGAUGCAGGUAAGAUAUGGUGGGAUCUAUCUCUCAGACGUAAAACCUUUGUCACGAGCCACGAGCAUGCGUUGGCGGGAAGCUCCCCGGAUAUCAACUUAGCCCGACAUUUAGGCCCCGGGAUUGAAAAUCGUGUGAAUGCCCGUGUUUGCCCUAUAGAAGAUAUCCGCUACGAAGCUGCAAAAAGCGACCCACCACCACUGCGGGGCCACACAAGCAUGCCGGGAAAGGAAAAGCCUCGCGGGACCCUGAAGAUUGGAUUUAUUCCUGCAGAUGCCAAGUUGAAAAUUGCGGCUUCCAUCCACCACGGAAAUGCAGCAUAUCAAAAGACGAAUCUCAGUGCAGUGGUAUAG